UGCAACUCUCCCUCUAAUCCUCUAGGAAAUAUGCACCCUAACGUGAUGAGCUGGCUGUGGACUCUGGGGUUCCUGCUGUGGGCGCUGCUCUGCCUGGGCGCCCUGACGGAGGGAUACCCGGUGAAACCAGAGAACCCUGGAGAUGACGCCCCGGCGGAGGAACUGGCCAAGUACUACUCAGCCCUGAGACACUACAUCAACCUCAUCACGAGACAGAGGUAUGGAAAGAGGUCCAGUCCUGACAUUCUGGACACGCUGGUCUCGGAGCUGCUGUUGAAGGAAAGCACAGACACGCUCCCACAGUCAAGAUAUGACCCGUCAUUGUGGUGAUGUGGUCAACAGGCUUGCCUCCACCUUCACUGCUGAUAUUCUGACCUCUACGACCACCCUAUCUCUGCCCCGUUUACCUUCCUGAGCCAUAUAUUCAAUCCCACCUCCUCGCCCAUCAGCUGCAGUCAAAACUGCUUAUACUUUUGUAAAAAGUUUAUUCAGAGUUAUCAUCUGUGAAACAUAAAUGUCAAGUGGGGGAGGGAAUGUUUAUUGUCUUGUAUACUUGUGCUAUUAAAGAUUAAUUGUUUGAAGGAA